CUGUACCUCAGCUCUGCCGGGUACUUGCGCGCACAACACACAUGUUCGCCGGGCGCGCGGUGCGGCUGGCCGGACUGGUGGUAGGAACGGCGCUAGCACUGGUUGCCGUGGUGUUCACCUCGCGCCGUUUGCAGCCUCUUCCUCAAGAGCAGCCUGUGGUGCGCUUAGAAGAAGGCCUUGUCAGGGGCUACGCUAGCCUCACCGUCUAUGGCUUCCCGUACGUCAGUUUCUCUGGUAUCCCUUACGCAGAGUCUCCAGUGGGACCACGCAGAUUUAAGGAGGCGGAGCCUAAGAGACCAUGGGACAGCGUGCUGGACGCGUUGGCGGAAGGUUCACCCUGCGCCCAAGUGAACGACGCGGGGGUCUACCUGGGCAGCGAGGACUGCCUCUACCUCAACGUGUACACACCGCAGCUGCCGAAUGACACGGACUCCGCCGACCCCCUGAAGGUGAUGGUGUGGAUCCACGGCGGCGGCUUCGUGCAGGGCGAGGGCGGCCGUACGCAGUUCGGGCCGGACUUCCUGGUCGAGCGCGGCGUCAUCGUAGUCUCCCUCAACUACCGGCUCGGCGUGCUCGGUUUCCUGAGCCUCGAGAACGAGCUAGCGCCGGGCAAUCUCGGACUGAAAGACCAGCACCUGGCGCUGCGCUGGGUGCGUCGCAACAUCCGGGCCUUCGGAGGAGAUCCAGAUGACGUCACGCUCUUUGGAGAGAGUGCUGGAGCUGCUUCCGUGCAUUACCACCUACUGUCAGGGAUGUCAAAAGGGCUGUUCUCGCGCGCCAUCGCCCAGAGCGGCUCCGCGCUCAGCCCCUGGGCCUUCUGCGCCGCGCCCCGCCAGAGGGCGCUGUCCCUGGCAGCGUCUCUGGGGCUGCCCGGCGGCUCCAGCGACCGUCAGCUGCUAGAGUUCCUCUCACAGCUGCCGGCCGAGCGACUCCUCAGCGACACGAAGGCCGCUCUUUCCGACCGAGACAGGAGGCGGCUGUUCAACUUCGUGUUCGUGCCGAGCGUGGAACCGGCCGUGGCCGGCGCCUUCCUCACGCAGGAGCCGGCGGCGCUGAUGGCGCAGGGUAUCUCCCACAGCCUGCCCUACCUCACCGGCGUCCUCUCCGCCGAGUGCAACUUCUUCACAUCCAUCGCUGUUUCUGGUUCACUGUCAACAAAUGAGAGCCUCAGAAAUUUCAACGAGAACUUUGAAGCAAUUAUUGGGCCUGAUCUGCGACUGAGGGAAGUGAGUGAUCAGAAAGCAGCAGCUGCACUCAUCAGGAAGUUCUACUAUGGAGAAAAAGAGAUAACUAGGCUCCAGGAUGUGACUACUGGAAAGAUGUUGACAGAUCUGUACUUUGAAGAAGGUAUAGAUGCAGUAGUGCAUAAUAUGGUAGAAAAUGGGUCGGAGCCUCUCUAUUACUAUCGAUUCUCAUACAAAGGGCCUAACUCUGCUGUUCCUGAUCAACAAGGUGUUCCCCAUGCUGAUGAUCUGAAAUAUGUCUUCCUUGAUAACAGAGGUGGGCAAAAUCUGGACCAAACAUCAGAUGAAGGCCAAAUACGUGACAGAAUCAUUACUAUGUGGACAAAUUUUGCUAAAUAUGGUGAUCCAACACCAAAUGAAACAUCACAUCUUAUACCAAAAUGGGAAGCAUUCACUAAACAGAAUUCAGCAUUUCUGGACAUUAAUGUGGAACUAAAUAUGGACAGUAGUUUAGACAAGGAACGGAUGGCCUUUUGGCAUGGUAUUCUUCCUCCAUAACAGACUAUUUUCAAAAGAUUAAGGAGGAAUUCAUACAGCAUUCUUAAAUUCAUGUACCUGUUCAAUAUUUGUCUUGUGUCUGAUUUCUGCCACACUCUGGAAUAAGUUAUAAGGUCACAGAAUCUCCAAAGUUCCAAGUAAUUUGCCAGAGAAGCAUAUCCUUACGAGAAUUCAGGGUGUGGUCUUAUACUGUGCUGUUCUGUGUUCCCUAUGUGAUUAUUUUAUACCAGAUUUACAUUUUUGGUGCUUUUACUAAUAUUUAUUGUAGCAUGGAAUGUGAUUUGAUGUGUAAAAGAUAUAGUUUUAUUUUGGAAUACUUUAUUCACAAAUAGUGUGUGUGUGUGUGUGUGUGUGUGUGUGUGUGUGUGUGUUCAAAGAGUAUGUUUCACUUGAGUCCAAUGUAAGAGGACCACCAGUAUUUAAAUGUAUAGUAUUUUUGAAUGUUGCAAUGUCAUUGCGAAUUACAUUAGAGCUUAAAUACUGUUUAAAACUCCUAUGGAGGUAUUCUUCAGUGAAGUAAAAGUUAAU